AUGAAAAGUGAAAAUGUACUAACGCAGAAUUGUGGAAUGCUGGAUACAGUGUGUGAUAAGUUAGUAGAAAUUUUAAAAAACUUAGAGAAUAUUUUACUUCAUUUAGAUCCAUUAAAUAAUUAUGAAGCUAAAGAAGAAUCUAUAUUUACAAAUAUAAAUGAUCAACAAAACGAAAUAAUUGUUUUAUCAAGUGUGAUACAUCAUAAUAUUAACAAACUUACAGUUAUACUUCACAAUUUUAUCAAAACUAUCCCACCAUCUUACACCUACCAUACUACCUUUCAUUAUAACUCUUUUGUAAUUUUAAGAGAAAAAAAAAAGAAGGAGCAAAAAAGACAAGAUGAAAAGGUAGAAAUAGAAAAUUGUCAAAAAGGUACAACACAAAAUGAUAAAAGAGUAGCGAUACAACAUCACGAUAAAGAAGACACACAGUGUGAUGAGGAAAUGUUAGUAAAAGAUCCAACUCCAAAAAUAAAGGAAAAUGAAAAUACCAGUUCAAUUAAUGAACAAGGCAUAAAAUCAUGUAGCUUUUCCCCAUGUUAUCAAAACAAAUUAAAUAAAAAAAAAAGCAAAUUGAAGGAACAAGAUAAAGACGAACGGGUUAAGGAAUUUUUCUAUUUUUCUCUAACAGUCGAUUUAGAAUAUGCUAAUUUAUUGUAUAUGAAAAGAUAUGAAGAGGAACUUGAAAAAUAUUUAAUUAAUACAAGAAAGUUAUGA